CAGUCUCGUCCCAAAACCUGAAACAAUCCUAAAUCCUUCCUUCCUGUGUUGGAAAAAAGGGAAAAACAGGAAAACAAAUGGAGAGGAAACAGGAAACAGUGUGGAUUGCUGUGGUUAUGUUAAUGGUGUGUUGCCUAAUAGCAUUUGCUCCAACAGUGACUACUGCUGCGUCUCGACCCUCCACCGGGAUUGCGAACCCUCCAUUGCUGUCGUCAUCCUCCAACAGUGAUGGAGGCGCCUCUUCUCCAUCGUCACCUCUUAUUCACAAAAAUAGCGACGCCGUGGUGUGCUGCUUCGCCAACUUCUUCACUUGCUGCACCAGCACUUGUUGCUGAUGCACCACAAUAUUAUUAGCUUGAUCCAA